UAUAAAUACACGUCUAUCUCGGCGAACCGGCUCCAAUUUCCUCGCUGCGGCUGUCUGGGGUUUUCGUCUUCGUCUCUUUUGUUCAGCUUCCAUUCGCCAUCAUGCCUCGCCGAAGCUCUGCUGGACGAUCAGCCCCUUGUGCUGCUCCACGCUCUGCUACAGUGAGAAACCCACCUCAACCAGCACAUCAGGCUCCACCACCGGCUCCUCUUCAGGGAGGAGGUGGAUCUGUCCUUGGAGGAAUUGGGUCCACUAUUGCUGAAGGCAUGGCAUGGGGUGUAGGCAGUAGUGUUGGUCAUAGGGCUGUUGAUGCUGUUGUGGGUCCCCGUACCAUUCAACAUGAAACUGUGGUCGCUCAAGCCCCUGCUGCUGCCGCCACUGCCCCAGUGAGCAAUGCUGUUGGAGCUGAUGCAUGCAGCACUCAUUCAAAGGCCUUCCAAGAUUGCAUCAACAGUUAUGGUAGUGACAUCAGCAGGUGCCAGUUUUAUUUGGACAUGCUAAACGAGUGCCGCAGGAGUUCUGGUGCUACACUGAGCGCUUAAUUUUAAGUUGCGAAGUUGUCUUCUGCAACCUCUCGUCUCCUUUUUUUUCAUUGGCGCACCGCCGACCAACUUUAAUUAAUGUUUUAAGGGAAUAUCAUGAUAAAUUUUUCAUGACUGAGUGGGAGAUGUGGUAUCACCUUAUUGUCUUUGAUUUUAAUGAUUAUGGUCGGUAAGCAUGGGUGUGAACCUUGGAAUCAAAACCCAUCAGCUAUGGAUGUCCUGUUGGUGUCUUUAAUUUACCUGUUAUGGGUUGAUAUUUUGAGAAAGGGCAAUGUUCCGAUCA